CGCAUGCUCAGUGUGUCCUCUCCGCUGAUUCACAUCAGCAGCAGCCAGGAGAUCCACCGGUCCGACCGCACAUGGAGCCCCAGUGAGACGAGCCAGCGCUCCGGCCAGCGGGGAGAUGCCACCAGCUGCGUCGAAAUCCGUCGUCUGUCUGUUUUAUUCUGAGCGAUCUAGAAUACGAUCUCCUAGAGUAGCGCGGGCCGGUGAAGAGACACUGUUGCAUUUUCUGAGCGUCUGAGGAGCCAAUGAGAUAAGUGAGAGCUAGAAUUUGUUUUUAAUGCAGGUUUUUAAGAGGGUAAACGAGGGACCUAACCGAAAUGAGAGUGUAGAGGAAAGUUGGGGAAAAACUUAGGCCUACUAGCACCACGGACAGCUCUGAUAUGGACCUGAAAUAACAGUAUAAGGUGCUUAGGUAAGCCAGUGUUUCCAACUUUACACAUAGUUAGUUGUUAUGUGAUCACUUAUUUAUGAUCAUGACCUAAUUUGUAAGCAAUUUAAAAUUGCAUUACAAUGUUAUGUUCCACAAAUUUAAAAAUGCAAUUAAGCCAAAGUGCUUUGAGAUUUUAAAAGAGAGCGAGAGAGAAAGAAACAGAUUGAUGUUACUAAUUCACCCAACUAGUUUUAAAUUAAGUUAGGACCCUAUGAUAUUGUUUAUUGUUGUUGGUCCUUAACCUUAAUAAGUAAACAAGAUUAAAACCCAACAAAAUUGCACUUGAGUCUCCUUUCGCAGGAAGAAACCUCGAGCAGAACCAGGCUCAGAGGAGGGCAGCCAUCUGCCUUCACCAGUUGGGGUGAGGGUGAUGGGGUGAGACAUAAAGGACAGCAGAGACAGACAGAUAACAGCCCAGGCCAAUGAGAUUGAUAAAGGUCUGUCCAUUUAACUUGAGAAAUGUGCUCUUCAGAUUGGAUGACUCCCUAAAUUGUUUAAUUCUGUUAUUACAGUAAGUGUUUUAGUUUGGCUUGAUAGUAAAAUUAAGAAACUAGAAUUGUUGUUUUGUAGGUUUUUAUUAGUAUUUGAGUCUGACUGGUGCUCUACUUCAAGGCUAUUUGGUGUCUUCCAGCAGGAAAGCAGUUGACUCCCACGUUAGCAUAGAGUCCAGCAUGAUUGGAAGAGAUCAAGCUGCUUCUCUGGAAGUCUGACCAUGAAAAGUGUACAAGGUGUGUGAUGGCGCUGUGCUCUGAGGCCUGUGUUUCUGGCUCAGGAGGAGACUCCUCCAGCAGUGAGGGAGGUUCUAGCUGCCUUCAGUUUGGAGUUCGUUCCUAUUUACACCACUUCUAUGAAGAGUGCUCGUCUUCCAUGUGGGACAGAGACCCGGAGGAUCGAGGGUUCGUCCAGAGCCAGAGGUCAGCCCUGCGGUGGAACUCAGCAGUCUGGAAGGUGUCCUUGGCCCUGGGUCUCCUGAUCCUGACUGCAGGUAUUGUCACCCUGUCAGUCGGUUACUCCACUCCUCACAAAAUUGAGUCAUUCGGAGAGGGAGACCUGUUCUUUGUGGAUGCCCAGGCUGUCAGCUUUAACAAGGGGCUGCACGCUAGCGCUGCGGCCGGCAUCGGGCUCUCCUGCCUCGGUUCUGCCCUGGCAGCAAUGGGGGCGGUCGUUUGGAUCCUCAACAGGGCAAACUUGAAAGAGAGGUUGUUCCACAGACCAGGGGAAGGGGAACGGAGAGGAGAGUCGGGGUCAAAGUGGAGAGGAUGUAGGGAUCUGGGGGAUGUGGUCACUAAGCCGCCAGGUACAGAGGAGGGAAAGAUACCCUUCACUUUGUCGAAAGUGGAAAAUGUGCAGCCCACUUCAUAAAAAAGCUAAUGAGCUACAGGGUGUUCUGGCUUUUCUUGCAGUCCAGGGGCCUUGUGUACUUUCCCUCUGAUCUGUUUUUAAGAAAACAAGUAUCCUUUUAGCACGAGGCUGUUUUGAAACAGUCGGAUAUUAGACAUUGACAAAUUACUUUAAAGACCUACAAGGCUUUGAGAGAACAAUUUGAACUGAUGAGUUUCUCAAAACAUCCAAAUUAAAAAAUUGUGGCUCCAAGACUAUGAACCAGAGACCUCGUAGCUCUCAUGGUGCAGCAUAGGUAACUGUUGACCGUAGACUGUGUUUGUGCAGUGCACUUGUGUUAUAUCUGAAAAAUACAACACUUGCCUCAACACUCGAAGAGAGCAGAAUUCUUGUGACCGAUGAUAGAAAUUCAUGUUUUAUCCUUCCAUUUGAUAGUGUUUGUUGUAAUUUUGCUCCUUCUUUUCUAUCAGUUGUCUUUCAUAUAUAGCAGCUGUAUCAGAAUUCCAAGUAGACAAGGUGGUAAUAUUGCAUGAAUCCAUGUGAAAACCUGCGUUUCCAUUCACACAGCGCUGUUACAGAUGUCAUUAACAGAGACUCAUUAACAUUUGUGUGUCUGCAUUUUCACAUAUCGACACUAAUGCUCGGCCCGCUGUGUUCAACGCAUGUACAGUCACAUGCUCCCUCGCUCACCCACACACCCACACACAUGCACAAAUUUGUGCUCCAUUGACAGUAUCACCUAUUUUCACCCCACUGUAAUCUGGCUCUGUAAUUGCCUGCAAUCUGUGUAUCCAGGCAACAGUUAGGCUUCAAGUGCUCUAUUUUGAACUCCAAACAAAGACCCUUUUCUGAUUGGUCCCUCACGUCCCCUCUCUUUAUUUUCACGCCAAUCAGAUUUUUUGUUUACAUGCACACACAGUAGUAGCGAGGAAGUGGCGAAGGGGUGAGGCGAGAGGAAUUUGCACUGGCACCUUAGAGGCCACCUGUGUGAUUGGGUCCUCCAAUUCAUUAUGAUAGAGAGUACAAGUGAGAAAAAAAACCUGGAAAACAGCAGAACAACGAUGAUGUUCUGGUAUGAUGUUCCCUUCCGUGUUUUAUUAUUGGUGUUUCACUGCUUUGUUGUGCUAUCGGUUAUUAUUAAGAUAAUGGAGUGAAAUGGGGUUUAGUGUCACUGGUGCAAAGCAAAUGGCCAAAAUAAACUUGUGAUCUGCAAACCUUA